UACAUUAUAUAUACCGGAACGACAACACGGCCUUUAUCAAUGCUUUGAACUUGUUAAAAAAAUUGGUUAUUUGUUAAAAAAUGGAUCGAUUUCUCAUUAAAAAUCCUACUGCAAAUGAUUCUAGGCUUCAAAAAGAAAAAGCUAGCGGAUCAAGAAUGAAACAAGCAACGAUAACUUCUUUAAAGGGAGUAGUUGUGGUUGAUGACAUUUUACACCAUAAAUCACGGCUCCAGCUUGCUACUUCUUCCAAAGAAGAGAAACUCCAUAGCCUUUCCGAGCUUCUCAAGAAGAUUCCACCACGUCAUAUAAUGAUGAGUACAAAAAUAGGUAAUGUUAUUAAGAAGUUACAAAAUAAUGAAGAUGAAGAUAUUAGGAAAGCUGCUAAAAAGGUGUAUGUGAAAUGGAGGACACAUUUUGUAGAGCAUAUGGAGAGACCCAUGAUUGAAGUAAAAUGUGAUCUAAAGACAGAAAAGUUGAGGGCAUCAGGCACGAAAUUACUGACAGAAGCUUUAUGUGUUCAAGCCUCAGAUAAACUUCCCGAGGCCAUAGAGAGGGAGACUUUUCAACUUCAUAAAAGACUGAUAAAUAACAGUUACAGAAGAACUAUAAGACAUCUAGUGUUCAUGUUAAAGAACCAGGAAGAUUUAAGAACAAAAGUUAAAUCAGGGGAGAUCACUGUGACAGACUUUGUAAAAGAUAAUAAGAAAAGCUGAUGAA